AUGCGUACCACCGUCCUCGCCACCGCCCUCGGUGCGGCCACCGUCGGUGCUCGUCCGGCCACUAUCUCCUCUGAGGCAUCGAGUAUCCUCAAGAACAGCCCCAACCACGCCCCUCUCGCCGGCCGCGGCAUCAUCGACGAUGCCUUCAACUUCGACGGCCCAAACUACGUCGGCCCUUAUGAGGACGACAUGAUGUCGCCCUACAACCCCUCCACCGACCAGGACCUUCCCAGCCCAGCCGAGCUCCUGGAUGAAGAGGAGUCCCUGCGCGAAUGCACCCUCCGCAUGGGCAGCGGCGAACACUGCAGACAGCCGCCGCAUUUCUUCGACAAUAACUAUGGUCCCGAAUGGGAUAAGCAGUUCCGUCAUAUCGACUUUGGCAUCGGGCAUGGGACGGGGCAUAAGAGGGAUGUCUCCAGCGAGGACGGGGAGAAGCCUGCUGCUGAUGUUGUUUCGCCUAUCCCGACUUCGUUGUUGGUGACAAAUUUGCCCGCGUGGAUGUGGUCAUCGAUGAUACAUCAGAGUAAGACUACGCUCGCGACGCAGACGAAGACUGGUCAGGCUACGGCUACCACGCAUCCGAAGUUUGCGGAGGGCACUGUGACUCAAGAUGGCGAGGAGCCUACCGCUGCCAAACAUCCCAAGGAGGUCGAGAAGCCUACCGCGACUGAGGGUGGAGAUAAACCUACCGGCCCCACACCCCCCAUGCCAACCACUUCCCUGGGAUGUCUGCCAUUCCUCGGCAUGUGUCUCAACGAUUUGCCUCCCGGGGUCGUUCCCGUGAAGCGCGACCUCGCCGGCCCUGGCCCUGUAAAGCCAGGUUCCCCAGGCCACAUGGGUGGCAACAUGCUCGCGAAGCUCUCGCAGGUCUUUGCGCCGCUGGCCAAGGCCAUCGCGUGGCUCGACUCGAUGAGGACUGGUGUAGUGGAUGAUGCCGAGAUCGUCAAGGCGACAGCUGCGCAGGACUGGGCCACUAUCGAACAGCUCGUCGAGACUCGCUGGAACGCCACCAAGGAGGAGAUCGAUAAGCGCUGGGCAGCGGUCAAGGAGGACAUGAAUGCCGUCGUUGCCCGGGACCUCGCGAACGCCAUCACCGCACAGCCUGACAAUGGCCGCCACAGGAAGAGAGCCGAUGGCUGGCUCAAGCGCCUCAUGGAGGGCGACGUGGGCUUCUACUUCUCCACUCUCCAUCCCGUCGACAUGGACAAGCCGUGGCGUCGCGGUGUGGAAGGGGAGCAGCCUGAGGAAGGCCACCUCGAAGGCGAAGGCUACCACCACCCGGUCAACAUGGACAAGCGCGGCGAGAAAGACGACAAGAAGAAUGCACCGGCUUCGGAUGACGAAAAACCCACCGUCCCCUCCACUUUCGAGGACAUCCCACCCUUCCCUCUAUUGAUCGCCUACUGGAUUCACCAGAACCCCGAGCGCGCUCAGGCAAUCCUCGAGCACGCUCUCCGCAGCGACCCGCAGACUAACACCACCCUCUUGACCGCCAUGCUCAAGGAUAUGAGCGCAGUCUUCCAGCACAGCACCCACCUGGCUGCCAGAGGCUUGGUGCCGGACGGCAAGACCGGCUUCACCGUCAUCAACAGCACGGAGCACUACCGCCGUGCCGACGUCACGCCGCCCACCGAGCAAGACGUCCUGCGCGCGCUUAAAUCCGUCACCCCAUCCACCCUCACGGACCCAACCGAGCUGCAGCAAAUCAUCACCGCCGCGCUCAACUUCGCCAAGCUCGCCCUAGCCGGAGCCGGAGAGCAAGCAGGACCCAAGACCCCUACGACGACCUACGAGGUAACCAUGCCAGGGGCGGGCACGGCGACGAUCAUCCCGAUGCCGGCGCCGGAGCCGGGUACGCCCUUCGAGCCCGAAAUAAUAAACAUUGGCAAGCGCGGCGCCCCCGACGAUGACGGGGACGACUACCCCACCAUCGAGCAGGCAACCCCCAUCACGACCGAGGACAGCACGACGUACAAUCUCUACCCGACCGAGGAGGGCCAGGCGGAGGACGGGCGGAAUCAUCACCACCUCGAUGUGCCGGGGCAGGGGGGGAUGGAGUUUAAGGUGAAUUACAUCCCUCCCCGCAGCAAGCGGGGUGAAGACGGCGGGGAGGAGGAGAGCACGGAGCGCGUAGACGGCGUGCCGGAGAAGGCGGUGGUGGAGCCGGGGACCCCCAUCGAGCUCGGGAACGGUUGUACGUAUGAGUGGGGAGUUGUGGUUUGUGAAUUUGCUUUUUGA